GAUAAGCGGCAGCCGGACGAGGACGUUCUUGGCUAUUUAGGCAGUUGCUUGACUCCUAACAUUUUGAUCAGGAAUCAAAGAAAGAAGAUGAGUGAGAAGGGACUUGAACUAAAGCUGGUUCAAGAACUGGCAGAGACCGGCCGGGCACCUCAAGGGCGCUACGUUCUUCGGGAGGAUGACCGGCCGGACUGCACUCCUCCAGUGGCAUCUGACAUCCCCAUAAUCGAUCUUCGUCGACUGCUUCAAUGUGACGAUGAGUCUGAGAAGCUCAGAUAUGCUGUUCAAUCUUGGGGUAUUUUUCACGUCAUUGGCCAUGAGCUGCCACCCUCUUUUGUCGAUGAGCUGCGGGAUGUAACCAGAACGUUCUUUAAACUUCCGGUCGAAGAGAAGCAAAAGUACAGCAACUUAAAGAGCGGUGAGUUUGAUUUUGAAGGUUAUGGAAACGACCUUGUUGCCUCUGAAGAUCAAAUCUUGGAUUGGAAUGACCGUCUCUAUCUCUUAGUACAACCUGAAGACAAGAGGAAAUUAGACUACUGGCCUGAGAAUCCAAGCUCUUUUAGGGAAAUGUUGCAUGAAUAUGCCAUGAAAACAAGGAAGAUAACCGAGAUAGUUCUUAUCGCAUUGGCAAAGAUACUGAAAUUGGACGAAAACUGCUUCAAGGACCAAGUGGAUGAUAGAGCUGAAGUGUUUGCAAGAUUUAACUAUUACCCAAGUUGCUUGAGGCCUGAGCUUGUUCAUGGAGUCAAGCCUCAUUCUGAUGGUUCAGUGAUAACCAUUUUGUUGCCUGAUAAAGAGGUGGAGGGGCUUCAAGUGCUCCAAGAUGCAGAUUGGGUGAAAAUCCCUAUUAUCCGUGAUGCUUUGGUCAUCAAUAUGGGAAAUCAAAUGGAGGUAAUGAGCAAUGGAAUCUUCAAGAGUCCUGUGCACAGAGUAGUGACGGGUUCGAAGGAAAGGACAUCGAUCGCUAUGUUUUUUUUGCUCCAACCCGAGAAAAUGCUAGAACCAACACAAGGGUUGGUGAGUGAAACCAGACCAUGUUUGUAUAGGAAGAUGAAGGCGAAGGACUUCCUCAAGGCUUUUUUUGACAAGUUCGCUCAAGGGCAGACUACUAUUCAAUGGUUAAGAUUUUGAUAAGGGGAAAAAAUAAAUCAGACUUUAUUAAUAAUUAUGACUUGUUUUCUGAUCAUAAUAUGUUGUGUGGUUUGUAUAAUAAAAUAUCCUCAGAACAUCGCAAAAAAUCAAAAUAUCUGGAUUUCUUUUCUUGCCUACA